GUCGUUAAAUAUCAGGAAGUUGUAAACAAAGCUGACAGCUAUCGAGUUAGCUGUUCACUACAUUUGCACGGAUGCUGAACUAGCGGAUUAAAAAGCCGAUGUUGCUCAUGUGUGCGGAUUAAAUUACACCGCUUUGGAUGUAACAAUCGUUCUGCUGUUAUUCCUUAGAUCGGUUUCCUGUUACCUGUCUUCCGUUUAGCGCUGGAGGGAGGAUAAAAGAAGCUAACGUUGUUUACACAAGGACCUUAGAGCAGCAGGCAUCUCCUCAUCGAGAAUAAACAUUAAUCAUCCGAUAUUAACCCGAUCUAGAUUAGUUUAAGGUCACCGAUUUAAACACCAAUAGGGAUUUCUUCCUAAUUUAGAUUAUCUUAAGAACAAUGUCCACAUCCAACUCCAGCUUUAAGAACAAAUGUGUUGCCCAGGUGAACUGCAUCUUCUGCGACAGUCUGCUGUGCACCAGGGGGAUGAAGGCUGUGCUUCUUGCAGACACAGAAGUUGAGCUUUUUUCUACAGAUAUUCCUCCAAACAGAACUGUUGAUUUUGUUGCCAGCUGCUACUCUACUGACAGCUGCAAAUGCAAACUGAGAGACAUUGCAUGUCUUAAAUGUGGCAAUGUUGUGGGUUAUCACGUGGUUGCCCCCUGCAAACCCUGCCUCCUGUCAUGUAACAAUGGCCAUUUCUGGAUGUUUAACAGUGACGCCGUGUCCACUCUCAACAGACUUGAUGCUACGGGUCUGAAUCUGCUGCUGUGGGGGGAUCUCCCUGAGCUAGACGACAGCGAAAACGAAGAACCAGAAAGCCUGUCAGAUGAGGAGUGCAUCAGGUAGAGCCGACGGCCUGCUGGGUGAUGGAGGAGCUGGUGGAGUGUACAGACCUUGCUGGGCGGACACCAAAAAGAGGAGCGUUGAAGGGUAAUUGAACACGGAAUCAGAUAAGCUCUACUCUAAUCCCCCCCCCCACAGCCCCGGACCAGCAGACACCUGCUGCGGAGAACACCUGCUGUGACAUCAGGCAGCAGGUGAAGCACACGUCCACCACAGCUUUCGUGUUGAAUUACCCUUUAAGGCUGUGGCCAUGCCUUUCCUUCUGUUUCAUCAUUAAAAACACGGGUCUUCCUUUGUGUUUGUUCUCUCCCACAUUCAUUUCUUCAGGCUACACUAAAACAUGUAGCCCAGGACAUCUGGACUGGUAUCAGCUCCUGGUUUUUAUAUUCUGUGACGAACUUUGGGUGUAGCAGCUAGAGAAGUUAGCUGCUGAUGCUAAUCGGUGUUUAUUAGAAUCCAGACUCGGUUAAAAGGACGGCCACAGCUCACCCAGCUGUCAUCUGUACGUUCAACAUGCUGUGAUUGAAAGUUGUGUCUUAAAAGGCCUGUAGGUGUUCUGCUGCGUGGCUUGGUGCUGAAUGAAACCUCCAGUGCUUUUUCAAUCUCGCAUAUUAGAGAAAUGGCACAAAUAUUAUAUAAUGUACCUGUUCCUCGCUUUUAUAAAGGGCAAAUAGUAUUGAAAGUACCAUACAAUUUC